AAAAGCGAGUGGCGUUAAGGUAAUACACGUAAUGAGCGCGAGAAACAUUACAUAGUACAUACAGACAGACAGGCAGGCAGCCAGACAAACAGACAGAUACUUGAAGUAAACGGCGAAGAGAAGCGCCGCACAUCAGCUGGGACCGCAAUGGCAACCCGCAGGCUGUGCGGAUACCGCUAUUGCGAGGCGGCAAAACAUUCAGUCAACAAUCAGACACCAGUCCGCACACGACAAUCGUCUUCGUCGUAGUCGGCCAACAUUUACGUCAGCGCGAUCCCGGAAUUCAUGUACAUGUUACCGAUUUGGAGGUUUCACCUUUUCCUGUGCGCAAAAAAAAAAACUAUAAGCCGCCAAUGAAAGUGCAAAAAAUUAACACACACAACAGAAAAUAAAAGCAAAAGCAAUCGGAAAAAAAAAAGAAAAAAAAGGUGAAAUAAAAUACUGAGCAGGCAAAGAAAGCCAAUAAGUAGCAAUUAAUGUGAAAAGUGAAAAGCAAUAAUAUAUACAAAUAUACGCGGUACAUACAUACAUACAAUUCGGCUGAAACACAACGCGCGCGCCCGACGCAUACGACCCGCUGUGACGAGCCAAAACACAAAGCGCCCAUUAGUGUUCACAUUUGACCUCCGCUGCAGAGCAUCAGCCAGCGAGCUUUAUUAUUUAUUGCUUGCGCCGCGUGUAUAGACAAUUUUACUUAAUUAUUAUUACAUAAAGAAUCAUUGUCGUCGAUAGAAUCAUUGUGGGAAUACAACCGCCUUGGCGCCAAGUAAACUCCAGCGUGGCACAUCGCUGGUACUAGCUGGUUGCAGUAAAUGCAACAAAAGUGUGUUGACUGCCACUCACAUGCAUGUAUGUAUGUAAAUAGGAUACGUCAACUCGUCCCAUAUAACACACACACACACACACACACACACGCACACAUACAUACAAACUUACGCCAACAUAAUCCAGUAUGUCAUUUUGCAACAACUCUACCGCUCACUACCUCAACUCGGUGAACGCGUUUAACUAGCCGCAACGACAGCAGCAUUAACGCCAUCACUCACAUACGUGUACAGCUUGUGCAGCAUCUUCACAACGUGCGUCAUGGCUGUCACCAUUAUCGGUUGCAACAUUACAGAGUCGUUGUUGCUCUUACUCUUAACUGGUCUGUGCUGCUGGCAGUUGGAGUUGCAGCGGAGUGGAUCCUCGUUUAUGGUUGCUGCGUUUAUCAACGUCCGUCAAACUCGCGACAUCAUCAUUACUGAUGCGGUGAAACGCAUACGUCGCGACGGUUAUCCGGUGGAGAAGCAUCAUGUGUUGACUAAAGACGGCUAUGCCUUGACACUACACCGCAUACCACAAUAUAAUACAACAAUAACACCUGCAGCACCACCACCACCACCACCACCAACAACAACAACGGCGUCAACAUUAUGUGGCACAUAUUCGCGACGUCCGGUCGUUUUCCUAUUAGCUGGAAUCUACGCCUCCUCAGACGCAUGGCUACUGAAUGGCCGGGAAAACUCAUUACCAUAUCUCUUGUGGCGUCAAGGCUACGACAUUUGGCUGGGCAACAAUCGUGGCAAUAUCUAUACGCGCCGCAAUGUUUGGUAUAAUGCGACGGAUCGUGAAUUCUGGAAUUUUAGCUGGCAUGAGAUGAGCAUUUAUGAUAUGCCCGCCAUGGUGGACUAUAUUCUACAAUGUACCGGCGAGGCGAAGAUGCAUUUUGUGGGCAUCUCGCAGGGCGGUACUGUCUUUUUGGUGUUGAACUCAGUGUUGCCGCAGUACAAUGCGGUCUUCAAGACAGCACACCUGCUGGCGCCGGUGGCGUAUGUGAGUAAUACAAAAGGUGGGUUGGCCAAGAUAUUCGGUCCCAUAUUGGGUACACGCAAUUAUGUGGCCAAAGUGUUGGAGGGCAUGGAGAUGGUGUCGACAAACAAGUUUGUGAAAAAGUUCCUGUCGUCGCUUUGUUUCGAGAACGAACGACCAAUGGUGUGUGUCAGCCGGUUGUGGCCAGCUGUGGGCUAUGACACGCAACAUCUCAACAAGACUUUACUACCUGAUAUAAUGGCCAACUUUCCGGUGGGCGGUUCCUUCAAGCAAAUUAUGCACUACUUUCAAGGCUACGUCUCAACGAAAUUCCGCCAGUAUGACUACGGCCCUGAGCGGAAUUGGCUGAUGUACAAUCAGCUAGAGCCGCCAGACUAUCAGCUGGAACUAGUCACAGCACCGGUUACCAUAUUCUAUGCUGAGAACGAUUAUAUCGUGUCGGUGGAGGACGUUUGGCGGCUAUUAAUGCGUUUGCGCAACCUUCAGGCCGUUUACAAAAUUCCACGCAGACGUUGGAACCAUUUCGAUUUCAUAUGUGGCCUGGGUGUGCGUGAGUUCAUAUUCGAUAAAAUUAUUAGGGCGGCAAAUUAUUACGAAUACACUUACAGUUGACGGCGAAAUUCCGAUUUACGAUUUUAUUAAAUUUUUUUUAGUUUUUAAGAUUCUGAGUAUUGUGAUUUAUUGCGAAGAGAUGGAGGUUUUAUUGCUCGCUAAGCGGUUGCUUUGAGUACGAACAAUUAUUUAUAAGAUUAAGAUUGCCAUAAAAAGUGUAAAUGUCUGUCGUAGAAUUAAGUUUUUUUAAGGAGAAAUAAAAUAUUAUUUUUAUCAGAUAAAUAUUGCCCUC